AUGUCUCUCAGGGCCGAAGACCAGGCAGGCUCCUCACAGCGGGACCCCGCCAGAGCCAAGAAAGGGGGCGUCAGGAGGCGGCUCGCCCGGCUCUUCUCCAGAAGUGAGAUCAGCCUGACGGAGCUGCAGCGGAAGGAGGGCAUCAGGGAUGGCCCCAGCGCCCCAGGAGCUGCAGCCCACCAAGAUGGGAAAGGGAAGGGCAGGAGGAAAGAGAGGAGGAGCAAGUUGCGGGGGUCUUUGCAGAGGAUGGCCGAGGAGGACACGAUCUCAGCUGGGGGAAGACGCAGCGAGGAGCCCCCCCAUCCCAGCGGGCCCCAGAAGGCGUCUUCGAAGCUGCAUGCUCUCAGCUACUCGGAGUCUGACCUCUGGAGGAACGGCCUCCUGCGGACGUUUGGGACCCUGCCCUGGCGGAGGCGGCAAAGCAGCCAGCUGGAGCUCUCAGGCACCGACGCUGGCGGUACGGGUCAUCUGGGGAGCUCACUGGGCCAGUCCUGGCCUUUCGCGCGGCUACAGAGACCUGCGGUCGGCAGUGAUUUGGAUAUGGCAGGCCGGCUUGACCUGUCCUCUGCUGGGAAUCUGGCCGGAGAGCAGGAGACUCCAGAGCCAUCUGCUUGGCCCAUGGACACGGGGAAUUCGAAGCCAGCCACACCCAGCCAGGUGGAAAUCUUCACAUUCUUUGACUCUCUGCUGGACAAAGAAGAUGGGAGCUCCUGGGGAGAAUCUGUCUCCAUCGGCAGCACCUCCCUGGACUUCCCUGCCAGCCCCAAGAUGCAGGGGGAAGACUACAAGCAUCCAGCCUCCCAGGAGGAACCCAGCAGAGCCCCAGAGCCUCUGACAGAGUGGGCUGAAAGCCUUUUCCAAGAGUAUUUAGACUCAGGGACCUUCCGCCCUAAGGCAGCGGGACAGCCAGACCAUGUGAGCCAUGGCCAUAGGGAAUCUCUCUCUGAAGCGGAGACCUGUCCUUUGGCCAGUCCUUCCUAUAAUCAGAUCAGCAGGAUGGAGGAACCUGCAAUAGGCAGGGAAAGCCCGGAACGGCCUCUGGAGACUAUCCGGGGGGUUGAACCUGGCCCUGCCAAGAGGCCUGCGAAGAUCCGCUACGAGGUAAUGAUCACUCUGACCAAGGAGCAGGAAGAGGCUGUGAAGAGCAGAGCAGAGGAUCUGCCUGGGGUAUGUGGGAAUGGACUGGGUUCCCACGGAGCCGCGGAGCCAGCUGGGGAGGCAGGAGUUUCUCAGGGGGUUGCUGAGUUGCAGAAAAUGGAUGAGCAAUGUCAUGGGGAACCUGCCAGACCGGCUCCCCAGCUGGCAGCACGCAAGGAAUUCCAAAACUUCACGCUGCAAAGGGAGGGUACUGCUGGGGUGAGCGGGCAGGUCCGCCCAGUCCCAGGGUGCCUGGUGACACCGCGGCAAGGAUCAGUGCCCAGCCCCAGGCAGAGACGGGACUGGCAGGAACAGAGCCUGUCCCACUGCAGGGAUCUCUCGGGAGCGGAGGGGAGAGCCGUCCACGCAGCAGGGGCCCCGGCCAGCAGCGCCCCCAGCGCCUUCGGGCCGUGCAGAGACGGCGAGGAGGCCCAGUCAGAGAGAGCCGGUGACGCUGGGACGGGGCUGGACGAGAUGAAGAAGGCCGGUGGUAGCGCCUGCGCCCAUCCCCCCAGGCCGGGAAAGUCGACCCAGAGCACCUGGUUCAGCUGGAAGAAAGCGCCUGCUGAUCAGCCCGAGGAAGAGGCCAAGCCCUGCGUCCGCAAGGUCUCCCUGCUGUCGCGGAGGUUAGAGGCCGCCGCCAGCCCCUCCCGGGUGGCGAUGCUGCUGGAGGCCUGGGAAAAGGGGACGAUAGGCAGGGAAUCUGUAGACUUGCCUUCUCCAACAGACAGCAGCUGCUCCCGAUCUCCCGGCCCGCGGAAGGAUUUCUCUGAACACCCCCCCGUGUUCUCACAGAUCUAUUCGCCGGUUCAGAAGGAGACGAGGCCGACAGAGAGGGGAAAGCAGGCUGCUGAUAGCACUACAGUCACUGAAUCCCAGAGGGAUGGCCGCCUGCCCCGCGCUGCCAGCACCGCUAUACCCACUGGAUCCCCAAGAGAAAGCCACAUGCCCAGUGCUGGUAGCACCACUACACCCACUGGGUCCCCAAGAGAGAGCCACAUGCCCAGUGCUGCUGGUAUCACCACACCUGCUGGGUCCCCAAGAGAAAGUCACACGCCCAGUGCAGUUGGCACCAAUACGCCCAUUUGUUCCCCAGGAGAAAGCCACGGGCCCAGUGCUGUUGGCAUCACUACUGUGACCACUUCCCAAAGGCAAUGGCAUGUCCCAAAUGCUGGCAGCAUGACUGUAUUUAGAUCCGAAAGGGAAAUCCUCAUGCUCAAAGCCGGAAGCACUGUUGGGUUUAGAUCCAGAAGAGAAGUCAUUGUGCCUACCGUUGAGAGCACCAGUGUAAGCGAAUUCGCACGAGGGAGCGGCAUGUCUGUCCCUGGAUCCCCAAGCGAAAGCUGCUGGCAAUGUGCCGGUGGAAGCCUGGUGGCCCUUGGUGAGGCUGCUGGUAGCUCUGCAGCUGGAUCGCCGGGAGAAAGCCGCAUGACGCAAGCCAGCAGCACUGAUGUGAGUGAAUCCCAAGGAGAUGGGGACAUAUCUGAAACCGACGGCAGCCUGCCAGGUCUGGGCGGCACGGCCACAGCUGGGUCCGAAAUGGAAAGCAGCGUGCCAAGCACUGAGGGGGCCGUUUUAGCUGCACCCGGGACAAAGAACACAUCUCAGGCUGCUGGCGAACCUGGAAAUAGCACCCAAGCAGAAAGUGGCAAUCCAGAGCCUUUAGCUGGAGUGCAGCUGUCGGCCUCCCAGACUAAGGUCAGGGGAGAGGGGGAUGAACCAGCUCGGAACUCCGAGGGAUCUGCCCAAGAGCCAAACGGUUCAUCUGAAGAGACCAAGGCCUCCCCUGAAGCCUUGAGCCACGCCCAGCAAAUGGGGAGUCAACAGGAGAUGACAGAGGAGGACCCCGACCUGUCUGUGGACAUGGAACUUUUGGUGGACACCCUCCGCAACAUGGAGCCCUCCGAAAUCCGAAAGCCUCCCAAGAUCUCCCGGCUGUCGCGCUGUUCCUCGCGUGGAAAAUACGCCACCCUGCCGCCCAUUGAUGAGUAUCACGUCGCUCCCAAGUCCCAGGUUCCCUUCCCGGAGGCUCUCAGUGAGCUCUUUGGUCCGAUGGAAUGGAAGCAGCUGGAGGAGAAUGGACCGAAACAGGAGAACAUGGAUCCCUCUGAGGAGGAGGAAGAGGAGAUCGAGAACCCGUAUCUCAGUAAGGAUGAGAAACCACAGGCCAAAGAGGAGCCCAGGAAAGUUUACCCCUGGGAAAACAUGUCAACUGAAAUAGAAGAGAAGACGCUGUCUCUCCUGGGAAAGUUGAGGCAGCCCCCGGGGGAUGAGAAGGCUUCCAGGAAUCAGAGCAUCCUUUUCAACGCUAACAUCCUCAAAGGCGCCUCCCUGCUGAAAGAGCUCCAGGAGCAGAAGGCAGUCCCCACAGAAGACAAGCCCUACUCCCGCUUGGACAGCAGCCUCCUCUACAGACGGUACAUCUCCUCCGUGACGCCCCCGCUCAAAGCUCUGGAGAAGGAGCGAGAAGGAAGGAGCUCACCCACGCCAAUUGACCCGGGUCUGCUAAAUGCCAGCGGGCAGAGCUGGACGCCACCCAAUGGACCACAGUUGAAACCCUGCGAACAGCUGACCUCUGAGCCUUCCCCCGCUGGACUCCAGGAGAUGACAAGAGUCCUCUCUCUGGACCCUCAGAAGGCACCAGACACAGACAAAAACACUGGCCAGAUUCCUCUGCUCUUCGUGGAGGCUGAGCAGAAAAAUACUCCUCCCCCAUUGCUGGGUCACCCUGCAGCUGGGGUGAGUAAAUCCACACUACGCAGUCAGCAAGAGGCAAAGAACCCCUCCCCGAAGCUCAACGGGAGACCUGGGAAGAUCAUUCUGUUCUCCGAGUUGGGCUUCGCGGGCCAGAAGAGGGAGAUCUGGGGCGACGUCGCCGAUGCUACGUCCUGGGAGCUCUCCCACACCAUCUCCAUCCGGGUGGUCCGAGGGGGCUGGGUGAUGUACGAGAAGCCGCGGUUCCACGGGCGGAAGUGUGUGCUGGCCGAGGGGGAUGUGGAGAUCAACAAUCCAUGGACAGCCUAUGGGAAAGACGGGGAGGCGCCUGAGAACGCGCCCUUCCGCAUCGGCUCCUUCAAGAGGGUGGUGAGGGAUUACCGGAUCCCCGAGAUCAGUUUGUUUACUGAGGAGAAUGGAGAAGGCACAAAAGUGAAAUUCACGGAUUCCUCAGAAGACACCCGGCUCCAUGGCAAGCCCUUGAAGGCCUCUUCCAUCAUUGUCCACUCUGGCCUGUGGCUCAUUUACUCCAAACCUUUCUUUGAUGACGACCCCUAUGUUUUGGAGCCUGGAGGGUAUCCCAAUUUAAAAGCCUGGGGUGCGAAGGACCCUUCCGUCUGCUCUAUGCAUCCUAUUAAACUGGGCUGCCCUGCUGUAGAGAAACCUGGGGAGCCCAAGGCAGUGAUCUACGAGAAGGCAUGUUUCCAGGGCCAGAGCUGCGAAGUGAACCGAGACAUCUAUGCUCUGAAGAAGCAGGAGACCAGCCAGGGCCCUGUGAUGUCCACGGUGGGGUCUCUGCGCAUCCUGGGGGGCUGCUGGGUCGGCUACGAGAAGGAGGGGUUCCGGGGCCACCAGUAUCUGCUGGAGGAAGGCGAAUACCACGACUGGACGCAGUGGGGAGGCUACAGCGACGAGCUGGUGUCCUUACGGCUGAUCCGGACGGACUUCUCGGACCCGGCGCUGGUGCUCUUCGAGGCCAUGGACUUCCAGGAUGGGCCCAGUGUGGAGCUAAGCGAAGCGCUGCCCGACGUGGAGCUGGCCGGCUAUGGAACCACAACCCAGUCCAUCUAUGUGCUGAGUGGAGUGUGGGUGGCCUACGAGAACACGAACUUCUCAGGCGAGCAGUACAUCCUGGAGAAAGGAGUGUAUCGGAACUGCGAGGACUGGGGAGCCAGUGCCGGCCGGAUCGCCUCUGUGCAACCUGUCCUCCAGGUCGGGGAGCACAGUCUGUGUUUUGUCUCCAGGAUCCAGCUGUUCUCAGAACCCAAUUACCUGGGUGAUCACAUCUCCUUUGAGGACGAUCAGGUGUCCCUGCCGGAGGCCUUCGCUCCCCAGUCCUGCAGGGUCCAUGGAGGCAGCUGGAUCCUCUACGACGGCUGGGAGUUCGAGGGGGAACAGCACGUUCUAUCGGACGGCGAGUAUCCGACACUCACCGCCAUGGGCUGUGUCUCAUCCACGGCCAUCCGGUCGCUGCAGAAGGUCCCAAUUUUUUUCUCAGAGCCCUCGAUCUUCCUGCAUGGGCUGGAGUGUUUCGAAGGGAAGGAGAUAGAGCUGACCAGUGAGGUGCGGAGCCUGCAGGCUGAGGGCUUCAAUAACCACGUGCUGUCUGUGCGCGUGAAAGGCGGGAUAUGGGUGCUGUGUGAACACAGCAACUUCCGAGGCCGCCAGUGGCUGCUGGACUGUACGGAGAUCACCAACUGGCUGACCUACAGCGGGCUUCAGCACGUAGGCUCCCUCUACCCCAUCAGGCAGAGACGGAUCUACUUCCGGAUAAAAAACGCGGAGCUGCAGUUCUUCCUCUCUGUCCCAGACGACAUUGAGGACAUGAAAGCAGGACGCGUGGUGGUCUCGGACCUGAGUGACCAGAGCAGCUCCAUCUGGUACUACGAGGAGGGGCUCAUCAAAAACCAGGUUGCCCCCACCAUGAGCCUGCAGGUGAUUGGUCAGGCCGGGAAAGGCGCCAAGGUGGUGCUGUGGGCUGAGAGCCGAGUUCCCCGCCAGACCUGGAGAAUCGACUCUUUCGGGCGGAUCUGUAGCCAGAUGUUCGAGGACAUGAUCCUGGAUGUGAAAGGGGGCAGACUGUAUGACCGAGAUCACGCCAUCCUCUGGGACGUGGCUGAGGAAAGACCCACGCAGAUCUGGGACAUACAAGUGCUCUAAGAGCUUACAUUCAGGCCUGGAUCCUGUUGGAGGUGCCCCCAAGUGCCCCCAGCUCCUCCCAUGGUCUUUCUGGGUUAUCAGGGUUCCUUGCAAACUGAUUCAGAGGUGCUCCUACCAGAAAGUAUCCCCUGCCCUGGAAUGGAGCCUGGAUGGGCACAUCUCUGCAGCCGCUCCUCUGCCCGCUGGCCAUUCUAGGGUUGUGACUACUCCAGUUCAACCCUUCGUCAAUUCCAGAGAUUGCCUGGGAGUGGAGGUGGCACUGACUGUCCUGUUUCAGCAUUCAGGGGCUCAUCAGGACCCACCUAAACUAUAGCGAAUCACCCGUGUAGUGCCAUGCGGUACCCGUGUGCACACAUGUUGUGAGUGCGUGCAAUGGGCCAUCUGGAGUCCUCAGGCUCCGAGCCGGUUCUGGUGCGACUGAUUUGGGCUGUACAGCAAAGACUGAAACGCAGACUCCUGCCCUGUCAUGGCUUCCUAAGCCCCUGUAUUUAUGUGUGCGUCAGCUAUGAUCCUUUUUCUAACACCAGCUCUCCGGCUGGGUGCUCGGUUUGUACCACCAGUCGCGCUAACACACUCGUUGAGUUGGUCUCUGAGAUGCCGCUCAAUGGAUGGACGUGAGACACUAGGGCAGGGGUUCUCAAACUGGGGGUCGUGACCUCUCAGGGGGU